AUGUAAUGGUGCAAGCAUUGUUCAUUGGUCAACGGUCAUAGCUACUUUGAAUAGAUUAUAAUAUUGAUAUUUAUCUUACUUUUAAGAUUUCAUAAACAAACAUCAAAUCUUUAGACGUAAGGCAAGCACUUUGAAGUGUUCUUUAUAAAUUAGCUCUACAUUCAGAGGCCGGGCGGCCAAAGCUUUUUUCACUAUAAGAAAGAGACCUUGAAGCAAUUAAAGAUUUUAAAUUAUUCUAUCCCUUCAAGUCUUAAGAAUAAAGAUCCAAAUCACUUCCGAUAGAUAUAGACCUUUGUUAUAAUAACCCUAUUAUCAAUUCAAUUCCUCGUUUUUUUAAUUAUAUCUUNUCUUUUCCUUUGCCUUAUUAUUCAUAAUGUAGAAACGAUGAAUUCUUUUGCUAAAUACACCCAUACAUAAUUGGAUGAACUAAAAUAGAAAUCGGUUAUAAGAGGUGAGUACAAGGAUGUUGCUCAAGAAUCAGCAGGAGCCAUUGUUUUUAAUAGUAGAACCGUUGGAUAUGUUGGAGGCUAAAAGAAUAGUAGUCCAUUGAGAGACGCAAUUUAUUAUAUAAUAUCUGGAGGGUAUUGCUAUGCUGGAAUCUCUUAAUUCAUUAUAAUAGACUUGCUCCAGACCUACGAACUCAAUACCAUUAAAAUUUGGUUAUAUGAUAGAGAUCCUACAUUUAUACGAACUUAUGAUGUGUAGGUGUUUGUAUCAAGAUCGGAUGCAGAUGACUAAUUGAUUUAUGAGAGUAACAUUUCCAAGAGCCUCACAACCAUAAAGAUUCCAGACGCCCCGAUAAAAUAAAUAAAGAUUAAGAAUAGAGGUGGAAGCGCAAUAGAUUAGUGGUUAAUCCUAUUAAAAAUUUAAGCAUUUUAUGCUUUUUGA